AUGAAGAAAUGGCUGACCAAUUCUCAGUUUUUACAAGAAGCCAGGGCACUCAGACAAACGCCAUCGAGUCGCCCUCAAGCCCUAGUUGGUGAACACUCGCAAAUACAAACGCAGCUGACACCGGAAUCACACCACCGUAUAUUCUGCGUCACAGACGUAAUUUAACCCCCGUUAGUAAGGUCUGCGAAGCAGUACCGAUAUCCUUGUUCUGGGUCACCAACGGACUCAACGAAUUACCGGUAUUGCGUUUCAAAUUUCCUUUCAUCCUGAUUGGUAAAUCGACAAUGGCUUUUUUAAAAGACCAAUCAACGAGAAUUUCAGCGCUGCUUCGCAGACGUACUUAACAAGAGUCUAGUUUUGUCUGUAGCGCAGGCUAACCACCAUAUUAACAUUUACUAUGCGCCCAUCGAGAAGGUGCUGUCAAAGCUUGAGCUCAGGUUUAGCGGAAAUGAUCAGGAAAUACUCUGUGCUUUGGAAAACAUCUGUCACAGCGAAACACCUGAUAAAGAAAACUUCUCCCGCGUUGCUAAAUUUUACAAAAUCAACGGCGAGAUUCUCGAAGCUGAGGAGAAAAUGUGCGCGAGCUUUCGUCGUGUGCGCGGAUUAGGCUACGUGACUGUUCAGAAAUGCUGGAGACAAUGCACGAGAAUGAUGUAUUCGAUAUGUUUCCAGUGUUUUCUAAUGUUGUACAUAUCCUUGGAGUGA